CAGCAAACUGUUUCUACCUGCGUUUCCAAUUUCCAUUUUAUCCCUCUCUCUUUUUUUCCUUUUUUGAUUUAGAGAAACAUUUCAUAUCCAUCUUAUUAAUCCCUUUAAAAGUUGACCACCAUUUAGCAAACCACGUUUUAUAACUGGCAACUGCAAAAAAAAAUGUACCAUGGCUAUAUAAAGGAAAACCAAAGCUCCUUGUUUACAAACCUUUCAUCCCCCGAGAGAGUUUAAUAAUAAAGAACCAAACAUCAUCACAGCUAGCUUCAAUUUAUUUGAUGAGCCACAUGGCAUCGUCUUGCUCCUUCAACAUAGAAUCGUUGCCCCACGAUUGUGUUUCUGAAAUCUUGUCACAUACAUCACCUUUAGAGGCAUGCAUGGUUUCACUGGUCUCCCCAACCCUUCGCUCAUGCGCCAACUCUGACACCGUUUGGAGAAGCUUCUUGCCCUCUGAUUACGAGGACAUUGUUUCAAGUGCUGUGAAUCCCUUCAUCCUCAGUUUCUCUUCAUACAAGCAACUCUUCCAUGCACUUUGCCACCCCCUUCUCAUUGACCAGGGCAACAAGAGCUUCAAAUUGGAAAAGUCUUCGGGUAAAAAAUCUUAUAUCAUAUCUGCAAGGGAAUUGUCAAUAGCAUGGAGCAGCGACCCAAUGAUGUGGAGCUGGAAACCAAUCCCUGAAUCAAGAUUCCCAGAGGCGGCUGAGCUGAGAACAGUGAGUUGGUUAGAAAUUGAAGGGAAAAUCAGAACGCGGAUUCUAACGCCAAACACAUCAUAUUCGGCUUAUCUGAUAAUGAAUGUUUCACAUCGAGCUUAUGGGCUUGAUUUUGCGCCGUCGGAGGUAUCAGUUACGGUUGGAAAGAACGUGCGCAGAGGGAAGGCGUAUUUGGGGCAUAAAGAUGAAAACAAGCGUAAGAUGGAGACUCUGUUUUACGGAAACAGAACAGAGGUGUUGAGAAACGCAGCGUUUGACGAGGGGAUUGCUUCUCCAUCGAAAAGAGAGGAUGGAUGGAUGGAGAUUGAGCUCGGGGAAUUCUUCAAUGGUGAAGGUGAUGAAGAGAUCAAGAUGUGUCUCAGGGAAGUGGGUUAUCAAUUGAAAGGAGGGCUUGUCCUUGAAGGCAUCCAACUCAGACCUAAACCAUGAUACCAACCAAGAUCAGACGUUAAUACAUUUUUGUACUUAGCUCAUAAUUUUAUAAUUUGUGAUAAACUUCAAAUAUAUAUAAAAACAAAUGUGUUAAAAAAUUAUUCCAAAUAUAUGAUAUACCACGUGCAAAAGGUUGAACCA